ACUCUCGUUUUUGGAACUGCCAUGGAAACCCUAAUACUUUGUGUAAUCAAAUAGUGGUCAAAUCGAGGUAAACUGAAAAAAAAAGAAGGAUAGAGAGUGUUCUUCCCCAUCUGGUUAGGGUUCAGGCACAGGGCUGCAUUACACCAGAGAAGUUGCUGAUCAAGACCUGCUACGAUGUCUUCAUCGAAAGAGGCGGACCCAACCCUGGGUUACCUCACUCGGAAGGACACGGAGGUGAAGCUUCCGCGUCCAACCAGGGUCAAGAAUAAAACCCCCGCUCCAAUCCAAAUCACCGCCGAGCAAAUUCUCCGGGAGGCUCGGGAGCGUCAAGAGGCGGAGAUCCGCCCUCCUAAGCAGAAAAUCACCGACUCCACCGAGCUUGGCGAGUACCGUCUUCGCAAGCGCAAAGAGUUCGAGGACCUUAUCCGCCGUGUUCGAUGGAACAUUGGCGUGUGGAUCAAGUAUGCGCAGUGGGAGGAAUCGCAGAAGGACUUCAAACGCGCGCGUUCCGUUUGGGAGAGAGCGCUGGAGGUGGAUUACAAGAAUCACACGCUCUGGCUCAAGUACGCGGAGGUCGAGAUGAAGAACAAGUUCAUAAACCACGCGCGCAACGUGUGGGAUCGCGCCGUCACGCUUCUGCCCAGGGUGGAUCAGCUGUGGUAUAAGUACAUUCACAUGGAGGAGAUGCUAGGCAAUGUCGCCGGCGCGAGGCAGGUUUUCGAGAGGUGGAUGAAAUGGACACCGGACCAGCAGGGAUGGCUGUCCUACAUAAAGUUUGAGCUUAGGUACAACGAAAUUGAGCGCGCCAGAGGGAUUUUCGAGCGAUUUGUUGACUGCCACCCUCGGGUUGGGGCUUGGAUACGCUAUGCCAAGUUUGAGAUGAAGAAUGGCGAGGUUGGGAAGGCUAGAACCGUGUACGAGAGAGCCGUGGAUAAGCUAUCUGAUGAUGAGGAAGCAGAGCAGUUAUUUGUUGCUUUUGCGGAGUUUGAGGAAAGGUGUAAGGAGACUGAGCGUGCAAGAGCUAUCUAUAAGUUUGCUCUGGAUCAUAUUCCCAAGGGAAGGGCGGAAGAUUUGUAUAGAAAAUUUGUGGCAUUUGAGAAGCAGUAUGGGGACAGGGAAGGGAUAGAGGAUGCCAUCGUUGGGAAGAGAAGGUUUCAGUAUGAGGACGAAGUGAGGAAGAAUCCGUUGAAUUAUGAUUCCUGGUUUGACUACAUAAGGUUGGAGGAAAGUGUGGGGAAUAAGGAAAGGAUCAGGGAGGUUUAUGAGCGGGCCAUAGCCAAUGUCCCCCCGGCGGAGGAGAAGCGCUACUGGCAGCGCUAUAUUUAUUUGUGGAUUAAUUAUGCACUCUAUGAAGAGCUUGAUGCUGGGGAUGCUGAGCGAACUAGGGAUGUAUACAGGGAGUGCCUCAACCUUAUACCUCACAAUAAGUUUUCGUUUGCAAAAAUAUGGCUUCUAGCAGCUCAAUUUGAAAUACGUCAACUGAAUCUCAAGGCUGCUCGACAAAUAUUAGGAAAUGCCAUUGGAAAGGCUCCUAAAGAUAAGAUUUUUAAGAAGUAUAUAGAAAUAGAACUGCAACUUGGUAAUAUAGACCGGUGCAGAAAAUUAUAUGAAAAAUAUCUGGAGUGGUCUCCAGAAAAUUGUUAUGCUUGGAGCAAGUAUGCUGAGUUGGAGAGAUCGCUAUCUGAGACCGAACGAGCACGAGGAAUUUUUGAGCUCGCAAUUGCCCAACCAGCGUUGGACAUGCCAGAGCUCUUGUGGAAGGCAUUCAUUGACUUUGAGACUGCUGAGGGUGAAUUUGAGAGAGCAAGAGCACUUUAUGAAAGGCUUCUUGACAGAACAAAGCACUUGAAGGUAUGGAUAAGCUACGCUGAAUUUGAGGCAACAGCUAUGGAUGUGGACAAUGUAGACUUGUCGGAACAUGAACAAAAGAAGCAAUGCAUUGAGCGUGCUAGAAGGGUGUUUGAGAAGGCUCUCAACUACUUCAGAUCAUCGGCUCCAGAUUUGAAAGAAGAAAGGGCAAUGUUAUUGGAAAAAUGGCUCAACAUGGAGAGUACAUUUGGAGAGCUGGGUGAUGUUAGCUUAGUCCAGUCUAAGCUGCCCAAGAAGCUCAAAAAGAGAAGGCACGUUGCCACCGAAGAUGGUUCUACUAGAAUUGAAGAAUUUAUCGACUUUUUGUUCCCUGAAGAAAGCCAGACAACUAAUCUCAAGAUCUUGGAAGCUGCUUACAAAUGGAAGAAGCAAAAGUUGUCUUCCGACGAUUAACAAAUGAUAGUAGUUAUAUUUUUAGUGUGUAUAUAUAUUGGGGAAGAGUUAGUUCAUGUAUAACUAGCAAAUACAGUGUGUCAUCUACCUUCACAUUAUAAAAUUCUUAGACCAUUCCCUUUGAUUUGAAAUGUAAUUUUAGAAAUAGAGAUCUCAGACAGUAG